AUGCGCAUACCUACGAGGCUGCCGUCCCGUCUCCUGAAUCGCGCUGGAUCCGGCCAGCUGCGCGCACCGCGAACGACUUGUCUCGGCCCAAGAUGGUCGUCUACCAGCUCGCCGAAUGAAGGCCGCCAGUGGUCGACGCCGCUGGCGAAGACCUUGACCGAAGCUAUUACAACGACCGGUCCAGUCCCCGUGGCAGCGUACAUGCGACAGGUCCUCACGGCGCCCGACAGCGGUUACUACACGUCGCGACCCGAAGGCGGCGACCAAUUCGGCCAGAAGGGAGACUUCAUCACCUCGCCCGAGAUCUCGCAGAUAUUCGGAGAGCUUGUUGGGCUGUGGUUCGUCGCCGAAUGGAUGCUUCAGGGCAGAAAGAGCUCGGGCGUGCAGCUGAUUGAGCUUGGCCCGGGAAGGGGCACGCUGAUGGACGACAUGCUGCGGGCCAUCCGGAAUUUCAAGUCAAUGUCCUCCGCCAUCGAGACGGUCUAUCUCAUCGAGGCCAGCCCGACCCUGCGCGCUGCCCAGCACAAGCUGCUCUGCGCCGAUGCUCCGCUGAAGGAAAACGACAUCGGCCACGAAAGCAUCAGCAAGUACAACAACUUGAAAAUAGUCUGGUCUGAGGACAUCCGUCUCAUCCCCAAGGGUAUACCAAUCCCUUCUCUCCCCACCGAGAGCACACCCACAUGCUUACCCGCCCUAGACAUCACCAAAACCCCCUUCAUCGUCGCCCACGAAUUCUUCGACGCCCUCCCCAUCCACAUCUUCGAAAGCGUCGCACCACCCCCACCCACCGACACCCCCACCACCCCCGAACCCGCCGCCCCCGCCGACCUCACCAACCCUGCCGCCGUCGCCGCCGCCGUCGCCGCCCGCCAACAGCACCAACGCCAACAGAAAACCAACGAAUGGCGCGAACUCGUCGUCUCCCCCGUCCCGCCCCGCUCCACCCACGCCUCCCUCAACACCCCGCUCUCCCUCCGCGCCGCCACCCCCGUCCCCGACUUCCAGCUCACAAAGAGCAAAAGCCCCACCCCGCACAGCAUGUACCUCCCCCACACCUCGCCCCGCUACGCCGCCCUCCUCCGCACCCCCGGCUCCGUCAUCGAAAUCUCGCCCGAAUCCCUCUCCCACGCCGCCGACCUCGCCCAACGCAUCGGCGGCGCCGCCGCUUCCUCGCCCCAAAAAAAAGCCUUCGGAUCCGCAUCAGACGCAAACGAAGAACAGCAACAACAACAACAAUCCACCAAACCCCACCCCUCCGGCGCCGCCCUCAUCCUCGACUACGGCCCGCCCGACUCGGUCCCCACCAACUCCCUCCGCGGCAUCCGCCACCACCGGCCCGUGUCGCCGCUCGCCCUGCCCGGCCUCGUCGACGUCAGCGCCGACGUGGAUUUCACGGCGCUGGCCGAGGCGGCGAUCGCGGCGAGCCCCGGCGUGGAGGUGCACGGGCCGGUGGAGCAGGCGGGGUUUCUCGAGGCGAUGGGCGUGAGGGAGAGGGCGGGGAUGUUGGUGAGGAAGGUGGUGGGGAAGGAGGCGAAGGCGGGGGGGAAGGAUGGGGAGGGGGAGGUGGGGGAUAAGGAGGAGGGGGAGCGGAAGAAGCUGUUUAGGGAGAGGAUUGAGAAGGGCGCGGAGAGGUUGGUUGAUAGGGGACCGAAUGGGAUGGGGAGGCUGUAUAAGGCGUUGGCUAUUGUGCCGCAUUUUCCCGAGAAGCCGGGGAGGAGGCCUGUGGGGUUUGGGGGGGAUGUGAAGGUUUGA